CGUAUGCUUAGUUGCACCCACACUGUUAUCAUCUAAUUGAAAAUUGUUACAUAAUAUCGCUUCUAAAAUUUUACAAUUAAACGUUAACUCGAGCUUUUUUGUCAUUCGUUCGAUAAAUCUGUUUUAUUGUGUAGCGAUUUUUUAUAUUAUCGUUCACCGCGCAUCUGCAUCCGUUUUUUCCCGUGGAUCUUUAUUAGCGUGUGCCGGUGCUGGGAUUCUUUUCAGUGAAAAGGGUCAUCGUACAUCGGCAAACUGAUUCAAACGAGAGCGACGACGGACACUUGGCAGCGCCGCCAAGAACUGUCGCUGCAUUACACAGCGACGGGGGCGACGACUACUGCCAGUGGAGUCGUUGAUACUUUGGACUGGCGAGGUCCAGGUAGCCGAUCACAAAACAUGCAAUCAGACAAGGGGUCGAGUGCACAGGUUAUUGCUCUAAUAUGUGGGCUGAUAGUGAUUGUGUUGAUGAUAUUAGCGUUAACUUCCACUGAUUGGCUUUUAUCAGCAGGAUGGCGACAAGGAUUAUUUUCACACUGUAUUGCACCAAAUUCACCAAUGCCAUUACCUUUUAAUGUACCCAAUAAUGGUCCGGGCUGUUAUGCAACACGAGAAGUUGGUUACAUACGAGUAGCUGCUGCUUUAUGUAUAGUUACUUUGAUAACAGAUAUAGUAGCUACUCUCUUAACCGGACUUGGGUUAAGAAGCAAAGACCAGCGUACAAAGUAUAAAUUUUACAGAGUAGCUGUUUAUGUCAUGUUACUAGCCUUACUUUCAUUGAUAAUAGCACUUAUUGUGUACCCAGUGUGUUUUGCUGCUGAACUUAUUUUGGGAAAUCGAAAGGUGUGGGAAUUUGGUUGGGCAUAUGGCGUUGGUUGGGGUGCAGGAAUAUUUUUGUUUGGAGCAGUUGUUUUACUAUUGUGUAACAAAGAAUCUGAAGAAAUUUACUAUAAAGAACGUAAAGUAACAUCGCCCGCCUAGUGUGCGGCACCCCUGCCCGACGUAGUGCUUUAGUGACCUUCUGCCGUUGACUAUAUGACGGGCAGGGUGUUCUUAUUGUUAUAAAAUGAUAAGAUAAGCUUAAAUUAUAAAUAUGAACAUAAGUCACAAGUAUGUUAAUGCAUCAUUUUCCACCCUAUGAUGCUAAACAGAAAAUAAAACUACAAAGGUGGGGGAUAAUUACUAACGCACAUUAAGUUUAAUCUUUAUAUCAUUAAUGAUUAAAUGUUAAAGCUAAGCAUAAGGUUUUAUACCCAUGUAACUCACAUGUAUUCCUUUUUAAUAGGAAAUGAAAUUUAUAUAGAUGAAAUUUUUUUCUUUUUUGUUAUACAUGAUUUUUUUUAGACAAAUGUAACUGUUAUUAUUGAUUUUUUUCUUUAUAUUGAAAUUAAAUUUUUUUUAUACCUCUAUUAAAACUUUAUGCUCUUAAUUUUUGACAAAAUGAUUUCUCCUUAUUAAAUUCAUAUUAUGUCUAUUAUAACUAUGUUCAUAUCUUUAAUCUUAUAUUAUCUAAAUUGUUAAAUUAAAUUAGACUUAGUUAUAAAUUUACUUAUGAUUAUAUGUAAAUAGUAUUAAGACUCGAAUCAUUUUAUACUUGAUUAUGUUCAAGAACGCCAAAGAACUUGCCAGCUCUACUCUCCAUAACUUAUAUUCCUAUUAAAAUUUUUUUUUUUUUGUACAUAAUUUAAGAUUUUAUGACAUUCCUAUUCUUGUUAGUCUCUAUCCCGUUAUUACUUUUCAAUGUUUAUUAAAGCGUUAUUUUUUUUUAAA